AUGAAUCCUGUAAUACAGAAAUAUUUGGAGGAAGUGGAGUUGUUGAAAUCAUCGAUAGCUCUUAAAAAGGCCUCUCAAACAAAACGACGAGAUCAUCCAAUUGGAAUUUAUUAUGAUGAAGACGGAAAGCCUCAAUUACAGCUUCCAUCUCCACCCGACGAGCCAACUCCAACAGACUGCUGCAGUAACGGUUGUACUCCAUGUGUCUUUGAUGUAUAUCGCGAAGAAUUGCAAGCUCAUAAUGAACAGGUUGACAUGCUGAGAAAAGAGUAUACCAAAAUAUGCAAGAACGACAACUCAAUUGUGGAUCUCGAAUCACUAAGACUACCCUUGCGGAACUCGGCUGCUGAUAAAGUCACUAGCCGAAAACAAUACAUCGGAUAUAAAGUUCUUGAGAAAUCUCAGAUAAGUCACGACACUAUCUUAAUUGUCGGGAAGGUACCAUUAUCUAGUAGCAGAGAGCAAAGAAGUCUUGGAAUCGAGGAUGGAGAGCAUGUGCUAAUAAGGAUGAAACUUGGCAACGAGACAAUCACAAAAGCUUUUACGCCAAUUACUCAUCCAUCUGUGUUGGGUGAAUUUCAUCUUAUGGUGAAGCUUUAUAACGAUCAUAAGCCAUCUGAAUAUUUGAAGUCACUGCGCGUUAAUGAUUUAAUAUAUAUGAGGGGUCCCAUAAUGAGUGGAUUUAAACACACUAAUAACUCUAAUGAACAAAUUGUCAUGCUCGCGGCUGGUUCAGGCAUUACCCCAAUGUAUCAAAUUAUCCUUAAACAAUCAACAAUCCCUACAACUGAGAGAACAGCCAUUCAUCUUGUAUAUGUCAAUCGGACUGAACACGAUAUAUGGUUGAAAAGUGAAUUGGAUAAACAAAAUGAAGAGGAUUAUCUAACAACCGAUUAUGUGUUGACACGGACCGAGCAUAUAAAUAACGAUGGUAGAUACAUCCGCGGUAAACUAAACAGAGAACUGCUCUAUACACUCCUUGACAGAAUAAAGAGAUGCGACAAAUGUCAAAUACUAAUAUGCGGCCCUCGUUCAUUUAAUGCUGAUAUGAAGUCACACAUGGAAAACAUUGGCUAUGGAGAAGGGAAUAUAUUCUGCUACGAAUAA